AUGGAGCAAAUUAGACAGAUAUGUAAACCGAAAAAAAAGUAUAGCAAUGUAGUCGAAGCAUGCAAUUUGAUACGGAGUUUGAGGAGAGUAUUAGGAGUGUCCAUUUUUAAUAUAGAAAGCACUUCUGGAAAUAUAAUAAUUUCUAAAUUUACAUUUGUCGGUUUUGUUUUCUUUGCGCUGUGGCAUUCACUUUAUUUUUAUGCUAUUUAUAAUGUGUAUAGCUAUGACCAAACUAUACUGCGAGUUUUAUAUGAUACCCAGUUGAAACACUAUGGGGAUCUAGUAGAAAAUGUCGCAACUACGACUUACGUUAUAUACGCAAUGUGGAAAAUAUCGUUCGACCUCAGUGGAGCUACUAAACAUAUGCAACAACUCGUUAAUAUAGACGAAGCGAUCAAUGAAUUGGGUGAUAAUAUAGACCACGCUAAAUAUUCGGCUCCAUCUUUCAUACUACCUUUAACUCACGUUAUUAUGUGCAUCAUACGUUUGUUAAGUAUUUGGAUUUCGAUAAGCAAAAGGAUAGACUUCAUCCCGUACAGCAAGAUAUAUCAAAUAUUAUUCUCCGAUUCCUUAGGUUUUGCGACAAUAGUUCACUAUUGCGUUUACCUCUUUAUAAUCCGUGAUAGGUACAGGAGAAUAAAUAAAGUGCUUAGAAACUUGCAGAGCAGAGGCGAGAACUGCUUUUUAGUGCGUAUGAAAAAUUCGGAUAAUAAAACCAUAGGUACGCAAGAUAGGGCACUAUGCGAAAUAAUAAACAAAUGUGGGAAAAUUUACAGUAUGCUGUACAAGGCCACGGAGAUAGCUAACGACAAAUUUGGUUUGGCAUUGCUUCUAACACUGUCUGUGUGGCUUCUUCUAAUCAUUUUGUAUCUAUAUUAUUUUAUGGAAGCGACCGCAGCUGGUCUGUUCCAUGAAUUAGAUCGAUACAUUAAAUUUUUGAUAUUCGUGCUUUGGCAAAUCCUUUUUGCAAUAGCCGUAAUGACUUCGAGCAUUUAUAUCUGUGAAAUAACUGUUAAAGAGGCUAAAAUAACUGCUUUCUUAGCGCAUGCUAUGAUCAAUAGUAGAGCUAUUUAUACAUCUGUGAAAGAAGAGGUACUGAAGGUUGGCUAG